CAACCAAAUAAACGCUGCCACGUUGGCUGUUUUUUUUAAUUGAAAAAUAGAGCCUCUGGGUUGAGUAGAAGGUUCGGGUGAAGAAAGCAAAGGCGUUUCUGCGACCGCCUGAAACGGAAAAGCCAUCGAAUCGAUCCACCACCACGGGGGGUCCGAGAGAAAGAGAGAUGAGAGAUGUUAUUGUAUGUCUACUCGCAGCUCCUUUCCUCCUACAAUUAUCAACUGCCACCGUCGUACUCAAUUCUAUCUCCACCUCUUUUCCUCAUCUCCCCGCCAAAUUCGACGGCUCCGUCCCCAGAAACGGAAUAUGCGGAGCUCUGUUCGUCGCAAAUCCCCUCGACGGUUGCUCUCCUCUUCUGCCCCCAUCUAACAGUUCUCUUACUAAGUUGGCUCUUAUCAUCAGAGGCGGAUGCUCUUUCGAGGAUAAGCUUCUCCACGCCCAGAACUCGGGUUUUUUUCAAGCUGCGAUUGUCUAUGACAACUUAGACAACGAAGAUCUCGUCAUUAGUAAGCCUCAAAGAUAUUACUUCUUUGUAGAGUCUAUCAAUUUUGGAUUCCACAUCUGUUUUUGUUUUUUUUGCACAGUGAAGGUGAACACUCAGGAGAUUACACUUGCUGCUGCAGUCUUCGUUUCAAACGUUGCCGGCGAGAUCUUGAGCAAGUACGCCAGAGGCCGAGAGGGCGAAUGCUGCAUUUAUCCUCCAACCAAGGGGACUGCUUGGACUGUCCUCGCCAUCUCUUUCUUCUCUCUCCUACUCAUCAUUACUUUCCUUUUGCUCGCCUUCUUUGCUCCAAGGCACUGGACCCAAUGGCGAGGCAGGCACAGCAACCGGACCGUGUCACUAGAUCCGAAGCUGGUCCGCACACUCCCCACUUUCACCUUUGCUGAUUCUUUUCACGGAGGUGAUACGUGUGCCAUAUGCCUCGAGGAUUAUAGAUUUGGAGACUCCCUUAGACUAUUGCCCUGCCAACAUGCUUUUCACUUGAACUGCAUCGACUCUUGGUUGACAAAAUGGGGUACAUCCUGCCCGGUGUGCAAGCAUGAUAUAAGAACGCAGACUAUGUCUUCCGAGGCACAAAAACGAGAUAGUCCAAGAACAGGUACAAGUACGGGUAGAUUUACCUCUGCUCAAUCCAGUCAAAGCCUUUAAGAUUGGCGUAAGAUCAGUGCUCGGUUUCUGUGUAUUAGGGCCAUGUUUGCAUCGAUCUGAUGUUCCCGGUGAUAUUGAAUGGGGAAUCAUGUUGGGAUAAGUAUAGGUAAAGCCUUUAGAUUUUCCAUAUUGGUCGAUACUAUUUAAACAAAAGAAAAGAUCCGGAGUUACUUUGCUUGCCUGAUUGUUGUUCCUUACAUGUGUACAUAGUAGCUUUGUUUUUUUCACAUAUAAAUGAUCAUUGUGUGUGUUGUUGUUUUGUAAUCUUUUUAUUUGCGAAUAUCACUUAAUGUUUUUUUGAGUUAAGACCGACCUCUGGUGGGUGUGUGUGUUUGCACAUAUAAGGCAACCAAAUCGAUAGAAACAAUGUUUUUUA